AUGGCUUCUUCCCCAUCAACUCGUUUGGACUCACCGGCUGACUCCACUCCAAAUUUGGAACAGCUUCACGCCCUUGGACAUCUCUUACUUUCACAUCAUGAACGCACGCAGAACCUCGCCUACCUGGAUGGUGCGAUAGCGGUCAUGCAGCAUGCAACCCAUAUGUACAGGAAGGACUACGCCUUCUAUCCCGUUCUAGUCCAUCAAUUAGCGUCCGCUCUACACAUGCGCUUCGCCUCAGCGGGCAAACGAGAGGACCUUGACAGCGCAAUCGCGCAUCUACGCCGCACAGUGGACUCACUGGGAGAGGCCGAUGAUGAGAUGUAUCUCAUGAUGCUAUUGACCUCAUACUGCGAUCUGUCGCGUGCGCGCUACCUGCAGUAUAACGACCUCGCCGACAUCGACGCGGUCGUCUCGACGGGCCAACGGCUACUCGAUCUAACUCCCGACGAUUACCCGGGCAGACCGGCGUGGCUUUCAGCGCUCGGCGAGUCUUUGAGUAUCCGGUUCCAGCACUCUGGGAAUCUCGAUGAUAUAGAAGCUUCUGUUCGUGCCCACCGGCAGGCUAUCCAGCUCGAAUCGGCCAGCUCUGCUCGUGUGGACCCAUCGUACUUCCAUGGACUUGGGGUCGCACUCGGAAGACGCGCUCAGCGUACGGGUGACGCGAAGGUCUUGAGCGAAUCUGUCUACAGUCUACGGCAGGCAGCCGAUGACACGGCGGAACAGAGUCCCAACAAGCCGCACUAUCUUAGCAACCUGGCCGUCGCCCUUUGCGACCUCUUCCAAAGCUCAGGGAAGGAGGAAGACAUAGAAGCCUCCAUCAGCGCCCAUCAGUGCGCGGUCAAGUUGACGCCGGUCAACGAUCCGAACCGGGCGAACUAUCUAUCGCUGCUGGGCAUCGCGUACGGCGAGAGCUUCCGACGCUUCGGCAAGCUCGAGGACAUCGAGGCCGCCGUAUCCGCACACUCUGAGGCCGUCGAGAUCACGCCGGAUGACCGCUCGAGCAAACCCAGGUACUUGCACAGCCUGGGAAACGCGCUUAUGAUGCGCUUCUACCAUCUUGGAGAAGUGCAGGACAUUGACACGUCCGUGCUUCUUCUUCAGCGCGCGGUGGCGUUGAUGCCGCGCGAUCAUGUUGGAAGCGCGAUCUUCCUGUCUAGCCUGGCUCAUGCCCUCGGCACUCGCUUUCUGCGAACACAACAGCUUGCAAAUAUCGAAGACUCAAUCACUGCAUAUCGCCGUGUCGUUGAGUUGACGCCCGAUGCUCAACAGAGCCCGGGUCAUCUAUCAAAUCUCGGCGUCGCUCUGCGCCAGCGCUUCUUGUGCACAGGAGACGAGAAAGACAUUGAAGAGUCUAUAUCCGUGCUCGAGAAUGCCGUCGAGCUUACGCCGGUCGAUGAUCCUUUCAAACCUCUACGCCUUAACAACCUCGCAGACGCACUCGUCUCCCGUUCCCACCGCACAGGUGCGGAAGCGGACCUUGAGCUUGCCAUUGAUACCUAUCGCAGGGCUAUCAAGCUCACGCCACAAACGCAUCCUGAUAUGCCGGGCCUCUUGUUAGACACGGGUAUUGCGCUCGAGCAGCUUCAUGAGCUUACAGGAUCAUCUACUACUCUUGACGAAGCCAUCGAAGCGUUUCGCAUGGCGAUUCUUGAACCAGUAGGGCACAUCAGCGUCCGUCUGCAAGCGGCGCUCAGGUAUACACUCUUGACGUCGCAAUUCCGUGGCAAACAAACGAUCUUGCGCGCGUACUCGCAUGUGAUGGACAUACUCCUGGAGGUAGUUUGGCUCGGUUAUUCCGUUGAUCGCCGCUACGAGAUACUAUCCAACCUUGGCAAGCUUGUCAACGCCGCCGUCGCUGCGGCCAUUGAUGCAAAUGACCUACCACAAGCGGUGGAAUGGGCGGAAGCCGGAAGGUCGCUCGUUUGGUCACAGAUUGUGUCUCUGCGGACACCAGUCGACGAGCUGGCGCAAGCCCACCCCGAUCUUGCCCGCUCUUUGCAGGCCGUGCAGGAGAAGUUGCGGCAGUCGUGGAAUGCAGGGCGCUCGCGAGACUUCCGUCCUGAAGAGUACGCGAGCGGCAUCCCUGUCGUGAUUACGCAUACACCUGGAUCAUACCAUCGCGAGCUCGUCAUUGAGUAUGAGCGUCUGAUAGCCGCCGUCCGCGCUUGUUCAGGCUUUCAGGACUUCUUGCGCCCGAAGAAGUACGCGGCGCUCCUUUCUUCACUCGACCACCACGAUGAUGGACCCAUCGUGAUCAUCAAUGUGCACCCCGAUCGCUGCGACGCGCUCGUCGUAUGUCCCGGCAAAGCGAUCUUGUUGGUUCCGCUUCCAGACUUGUCGUCGGAACGCGCGAUCGAGCUGCGUCGCCAAUGGAUGGAAUGUGUCACCGGGCAUGGACUUCGCACACGGGCUUCCGGCAAACUUGGCUUACUUGAACCCAAAUCGAAACCCUUGAUGGUCUGUCUCGAGCGCAUGUGGACGUGGAUCGUUCGACCAGUACUGGAAAGUCUCGAUCUAGCAAACUUGGCGCAGAAUGAUCGCCUUUCACACAUAACGUGGUGCCCUACUGGACCACUGACGCAGCUACCUCUACACGCUGCAGGCAUCUACGACGACCCAUCCGGACCUCGCAUAUACGAUUUCGUCGUAUCCUCCUAUACGCCUUCGAUGUCGGCGAUCCAGCAAGGCCAUCGCAAGUCGAUGCCGCCGAUGUCCGCGCCCGAAGUGCUUGUGGUCACUCAGUCAGAGACUCCUGGGCACGCUCCUCUCCCGGGUACCGUCGAGGAGAGAGACCGCUUGAAAGCAACGCUUGACAGAGGCGGAAUACAGAAUACGAUCAUCAGCGACGGUGAUGCCACCAUCGAGGUCGUAAAAAGUGCUAUGAACCGACAUCAAUGGGUACACCUGGCGUGCCACGGCUCGCAGAACCAGAUGAACGCCACGCAAAGCGCCUUCCACCUAUACGAUGGUCCCCUCACUCUGUCCGACCUCAUGGGAAUAGCGGCGGACAACGCUAAACUUGCGUUCUUAUCUGCAUGCCAGACAGCUGUAGGCGACGAGAAGGUCCCAGAGGAAUCUGCACACUUGGCGGCGGGCAUGUUGGCGGUCGGAUUCAAGGGCGUGGUAGCCACGAUGUGGUCGAUCCACGACGCAGACGCGCCCGUAGUCGUCGAAGCCUUCUACAGGGAGCUGCUCGCUCUGCGGCAGGUUAAAGAAGCUGGGGGAAAGGGUGCCGGUGCGGCCUAUGCGUUGCAUGAGGCGACGAGAGUCUUGAGGGAUUCAGUGGGCGAGCAGAACUUCAUGCGAUGGGUCCCGUUCGUUCAUUUCGGCGUAUGA